UCUCUCUCUUCCUCUGGUUUCCUCUCCAUGUCAUAUCGUAUCGUUCUUAUCAUCCUGCGAGUGUGAUACACAGAAACACACACGGACGUAGUCGUGGACGUCGAGGAAUCCCACGAGCCAGACGAUCGUCUGUGUCCAGCUGGUCGUUUGCACAUGGAGCUCUGACGAAAGGAAGAAAGUGAACAGAUGUUUUAUGGCGUGCCUGUAGUGAUCCCACGGUGGAAUCCAUCUUCUCAGCGAACUGUGACCCCUGCAGCUCGCAGACGUCUCUCCAGGAUGUGAAUACGGCUUGUCGGCUUCCUGCGGGUGUCUGGUUUUAAAGCGGCGAGGAUGGUUUUAAAGCAUAAGGAUGGACACGUGGCGCGCUGAGCAGGGAGGCUGGGCCUGAUCUCCGUCCUCAGGCCUCUCUUUAACAUGAGAGCCUGUUUUAGCUCUCUGCUGCUGGGCCUCUUUGCGCUCCAGAGGAGCCUCGGCAGUGCGUCUACGGCGGGCCUGGGCUUGAACGCCCACUCCCACAACCGAACCAGACUUCCUGUGGGCCCGGUCCUAAGCACACAUGCUCACAACCGAACCAGACUUUCUGUUGGCUCUGUCAUUAAUGCACAUGCUCAAAAUCGGACUAAACUCCAUGACGGAGGGAAGGACCCUCAUCACCGGCCCAAGAGGGGGUGGGUGUGGAAUCAGUUCUAUGUUUUGGAGGAGCAUAUCGGACCAGAGCCGCAAUAUGUGGGAAAGCUGCACUCCAACUCUGAUAAGGGUGACGGCUCGGUGCACUAUCUCCUCUCUGGAGAAGGAGCCGGCAGCAUCUUCACCAUUAAUGAGUCAACAGGAGACAUUCAUGCCACCAAGAGCCUGGACCGCGAGAAGAAGAACCACUAUGUCCUCCACGCUCGCGCCAUCCACAGCGUCACGCACCAGACCGUCGAACCCGAGUCCGAGUUCAUCAUCAAGGUUCAGGAUGUGAACGACAACGCACCUACCUUCCCCAACGGCCCGUUCACUGCCUCCGUCCCCGAAAUGGCUGACAUCGGAACAUCAGUUAUCCAGAUCACUGCCACGGAUGCCGAUGACCCCACGUACGGCAACAGCGCCAGGAUAGUGUACAGCGUCCUGCAGGGGCAGGCGUAUUUCAGCAUCGACCCCAAAACUGGUGUCAUUAGGACGGCGCUGGCCAACAUGGACAGAGAAACCAGAGAAAUGUACUCCAUCAUCAUCCAAGCCAAAGACAUGGCCGGUUCAGUGGGGGGUCUUUCAGGGUCCACCACCAUCAACAUCACGCUCACGGACGUCAACGACAAUCCACCCAGGUUUCCUCAAAAGAACUACCAGCUCUACGUCCCCGAGUCUGCUCAGGUUGGGAAAGCUGUGGGAAAAAUCAAAGCCAAUGAUGAAGACCUUGGAGUCAAUGCAGAAAUGGAGUACAAGAUCACCAACGAUGAAGGGGCCACAAUGUUUUCCAUUUCUGCUGAUAUUGACAAGAGAGAGGGAGUCAUCAGCCUGAAAAAGCAUCUGGAUUACGAGAAGAAAAAGGUGUACACUUUGAGCAUCGAGGGUUCGAAUACACACCUGGACCCUCGUUUCUCACAUCUCGGCCCGUUCAAAGACACCACCACGCUCAAGAUCAUCGUUGGCGAUGUGGACGAGGCUCCAAUCUUUCCUGUGGAUUAUUACAUCAUGGACGUCUACGAGAACACGCCAGUCGGCACAGACGUCGGCAUUGUGACGGCUCAAGACCCCGACAAUGCCAGAGGGAAAAUCAGGUACUCCAUCGACAUGAGCGCAGAUGGAGAGACGCUUUUCAGCAUCGAUGAGAACAGUGGCCUCAUUAAAACAAAGACGAGUCUGGAUCGAGAGGGCACGGUCUGGCACAACAUCAAUGUCAGUGCUACAGAGGUUGACAAUCCCAAAUUAGUGAGCUCCAUCCCAGUCACAAUCCAAGUCCUGGACGUCAACGAUAACGCGCCGUACGUCCAGACUGACAGUGACAUCAUCGUGUGUGAGAGUACCAAAGCAGGCCAGGUCAUCCAGACCAUCAGGGCUACGGACAGGGACAACUUUGCCAAUGGACACUUUUCCUUCGCUCUGCCAGCAGACGUCCCUGCCAAUCCGAACUUCACCCUGAAGGAUAAUGAAGACAGCAGUGCGAGUAUCGUGGCCCGGCGUUGGGGCUUCAGUCGGGCCGAUCAGGAGCUCUACCAGCUGGCUGUGGUGGUGUGGGAUGGAGGAGAACCAGCUCUCAGCAGCACCACCACCCUGACGCUGCGUGUGUGUCCGUGUCAACGCGGCCUCCGAUCACCGACAUGCCGACCCCAGGCCUUCUUCUCCUCCGCCGGUCUGAGCACCGGAGCUCUCAUCGCCAUUCUGCUCUGCGUCCUCAUCCUGCUGGCUAUCGUGGUGCUGUUUAUUACCCUGCGGAGCAAAAAGAGUAAAAAAGAGACGCUGAUCAUUUCCGAGGAGGACGUCAGAGAGAACGUGGUGACGUACGAUGACGAAGGCGGAGGUGAGGAGGACACAGAGGCCUUCGACAUGGCGGCGCUGAGGAACCCCGAGGCCGCGGCAGAGGCUCGUAAAAAACAGAAGAGGAGGAAGGAGGAGGCGCAGUGCGAGCUAUUCGCGGCCGUAGGGGUGGAGACGCUGAGUCCGUCGCUGUCCGUACCCGUCCAGGACAUACAGGAAGCAAUCCAGCUGAAGGUAGUGGAGGCGGAUCAGGACACCAGCGGCCCGCCGUACGACUCGCUGCAGACGUACGCGUACGAAGGCCAGGGCUCUCCAACUGGCUCCAUCAGCUCCCUGGACCUUCCUGAUCCUCCUUUUGAACCCAACACACCUGACCAGGACUCCUCGUGGCCUGACGAUCACUCGCUCGCAACACUUUUCCAGGAGAAGAAGAGCAGCCAGCACACGCUCUAGUGUCGCUCGGCGUGCGUUUAAAAACCCUGAUAUUGUGUCUUUUUUUUUUUCUUUUUUUUUCCUCAUCGGUGUUCAGAUGAUCCUGCACAGAAAAGCUGUUUUGCUGUUUUUACUUUGUUUUUGUUUUUGGGUCCAGAUUUUUUGUGGGAUUAUUUUGAUUCUUGUUUUUCUUUUUUGGAGAAAAAGUGAGAAAAUCCUAAACACAAGGACCAACAAAGGAAACUAUUUUCCCUGGUGUAUAUUUUAUAUUGCUUA